GCUCCUUGAAAGCGGCAGCUCUACCCUUUAGCUCAGUGCGGCUGUUGCCUGUAAACCAUUGCUUCUGGUUGGGGUAUCAAUGGGUCAAACGGACUAAAAUAUGUUUGUUACUUGCACAGCAGUGACACACAUCACUAGCUUUUUUGUCAAACCACUUUGCAUCAAACCCUAAAUGCAUUAGAAUAAAACUGAUGUGGAAACACUGUUCAGUUAUUUUUUUUAAGCAAUCAUUUUGAAAUCCUAUUAUAAAUUCAUUGAAUUCUUGUCUUGUGGAUAUGAGAAGUUUGUUAUGUAAACAUACUAUCUCAAGUGUUUACAUUGGAUUGUGUCCACUGCGCAGAUUGUAAAAUCUCAUAGUAAGUUUAAAUAACCUAAAACCAAAAUGAGGUUUUGUUGUUGGUUGUCGUUAAUACACAAUAAUAAAGUAAAGAUGGACGUUAAAGUUGCCCAAUCAGAUUGACAUGCUGAUUGCUCCACGGGCGGGGCUUACUGUGCUUUUCCCAUGAACUGUGACUUCGUACAAAUUGUUUGUUGUCGAUCAAGAUGGAGUUCCUUUUGGGAAAUCCAUACAGCACUCCUGUGGGACAUUGUAUUGAGAGAGCCACUGAUGGCUCCCUUCAGAGUGAGGACUGGACCGUCAAUAUGGAAAUAUGUGACAUCAUAAAUGAAACCGAGGAUGGGCCCAAGGAUGCCAUCAGGGCCAUGAAGAAGAGGCUGAACGGAAACAAGAACUACAGGGAGGUAAUGCUGGCACUGACCGUCCUGGAGACGUGUGUGAAGAACUGUGGGCAUCGUUUUCAUGCCCUCAUCACCAGCAGGGACUUCAUAGAAGGCGUGCUUGUAAAAAUCAUCUCUCCCAAAAACAACCCUCCCACUAUCGUGCAAGACAAAGUGCUCGCCCUGAUCCAGGCGUGGGCUGACGCGUUCAGGAGUAGUCCAGACCUGACGGGUGUGGUCCAUGUCUAUGAGGAGCUGAAGAGGAAGGGUAUUGAGUUCCCCAUGUCAGACCUGGAGACCCUGUCUCCCAUCCACACUCCUCAGCGGCUGUUGACUGGCCCUGAGGAGAACCAAGCCCCUCCCCCGGCCCAGCCUAUCCCCCAACCCCACCAGCAGCCUCCUCCCCAUGCUGUCUCCACCACGUCGUCUGUUCCUCCCACCUACUCCGCCCCGCAGGUCCCCAUCCUCGGCGCCUCUGGGUCUAUCAACCCCUCCCCUGAACAGAUCUGCCGGCUUCGCAGUGAGCUGGACAUUGUGCGUGGCAACACCAAGGUGAUGUCAGAGAUGUUGACAGAGAUGGUUCCUGGACAGGAGGACCCCUCGGACCACGAGCUCCUGCAGGAGCUGAACCGGACGUGCCGGGCCAUGCAGCAGAGGAUAGUGGAGCUCAUCUCCUGUGUGUCUAACGAGGAGGUCACUGAGGAACUACUGCACGUCAACGACGACCUCAACAACAUCUUCCUACGCUACGACAGGUACGAGAGGUUCCGGUCAGGCAGAGCAUCUCAGGGUAUCAACAAUGGGCUGAGGCAGGUCCUCAGUGAGGCUACAGAGGACAACCUGAUAGACCUGGGCCCUGGUUCUCCUGCUGUCGUCAGCAACAUGGUCACUGCCCCCGCCGCACGCCCUUGCUCACCUGCCUCCCUCACCUCUCGGCUGGCUGGCCUCGACGUGGCUGACAGUGUGAGCAGAACUCUGAGCUCUCUGCCAAGCUGUAAGCCUCAGGACGACUUUGACAUGUUUGCCCAGACCAGGACUGGAGCUCUGCCUCUGACCACCGAGACACUCAUCACAGCUCCUCUAGACGACCUUAAUGCUGUAGGUGGUAUUGAGCUGCCUGCUAGUCUGGAUGUUAGGCAGCAGCCAGCAGGAGGGAUUCCCGUUGGCCAAUCCUCUGUCAUGGAUGACAUAGAGGAGUGGCUGUGUACCGACGUGCAAGAAGAGGAGGGGGUGACCAGUGAAGAGUUUGACAAGUUUCUGGAGGAGCGGGCGAAGGCAGCAGAGACCGUGCCCAGCCUCCCGUCACCCCCUAGUGGUGACCCUGGUGCAGCUACAGGCGCACUCAAGAAGAAGGCUGAAAGACCAGAGGACGCCCUGUUCGCUUAGUACAGUGGUUUUCAAACUUAUCCUCGGGGACCCCCAGACCCCUGAUUCACCUAUUCAAGGGCUUUGUGAUUAGUUGACAAGUUGAAUCAUGUGUGCUAGCUGUGGAAUAUUUCAAACACAUGGAACGGCUGGGGUUCCUGAGGAGAGGUUUGAAAACCCCUCGCUUAGUAGACCUCUCUUAACCUUUUGACUUGUGACCGGAGUCCCCAGACUGUUUCCUUUCUCAUCUUCUACCAUCAGCCAAAGCUCUGCUACCAUAUUAAUGUUCUCAGACAAUUUACAACACUACAAAGGGAACCCCCACGCAUUGUCCAUCUUUGAUAUUCCCAUGUUGAUAAACCAGCUUCAUUGGGGACAAGGCCGCAAUGUAUUCCCAUAAUCAACAGUCCCUAUCUAACAGUCGAUGGUUUGGAACAGUCUCCAGCUUCUGAUAGACAGUGGAGUAUCAACGGCCAUCUUUAUAAACCAGCAGUUCACUCAGUCCCGGGGCUGGUCUUGUUCUGAAGGGUAAUAUGAGACGUACCCUACCUAAUGUACUACCCAUAUUCUGCUCCGUUAUGGCAGCAAGAAGCCAUCCCUGUCCUGUCGUCCCCUACUCUACUGCAUGCAUUAACACAUCCAUCAAUCCCUCCUCGGACUUAAAGGGAAUUAAAUGAAGUAGGGACAAUUAUUGUUAACCUUUUUAUAGGUCAGAUGAGGGCAAGUAGCAUUGAGAUCUAUGAAUGGGGAAUAUUCUGGAUCAUUGUAUUGUUUUUACGAUGCAUCUAUUAUAUUGUCCAUUAUAGCCCCUGACUGGAUGUCUUAUUUCAUCCAUUUAACUUUGUUUUUGACUGUGUAGAAUUCUAGAGUAUUAUCUGGAAUAUUAGUUUGGAGAGAUUUAUACGAUUUCUGAUUUUAUUUUCAGAUUAUUCAUUUUCAUUUGACGGUUUUUAGAGUAAGACGACUAAAUAAUUAACGUUACUUUAGAAAAUGCACUGCUAUGGUUAAUUUAUUGAGGUUAUAAAGUUAAUUUUAACAAACAAAUAAGUAGUACCAUCUAACCUGACAAUGAUUUUCUGUUUAUCCAUAUAUUGAAGAAUCAGGAGAGGUACAAUGCUGUUGGGAAGGCGAAGACUAGAUGUUGUCAUGUAGCCCAAGCAUGAUUGCGUCACAUCCGUAGUGAAUACAGUAGCUGAUCAUGCUGUAAGAGUCAGUCAGAAGUGAUAAUGUAUUAGUCAGUCUUAUGAGAAUGAUAACUUCAGGUUUUUAAGUCCUGAAAUGUGGUUUUCACUACAGAAAUGGAGGCAGACUGAACAUUGUAUGUCUGGUGUUGAAUAAUAACUUAAUUUAUGGACUGAAGUUUUGCAUAGUGAAUGUGAAAAAAUGAACCUAUAGAAGGGAUGGUUAUGAAUACUAUGAAGGAAAUAUAGAAGGGGACAUUUGGUCUCUGAUUGGUGAGUCCAACGUUCUAUAUGUGACUGCUGAAAAGAGGAGUGGCCUGAGUGGGAGACAGGCGCUCACCAUUUAGCAAACGCGACAUUCAUGUUUUCAGAAACGAUAACACUACUUUACUUUACUUUACUAGUACGAGCAAGAACAUUGAGGACUGCAAAAAUAUACACGUGCUGUUUCAUACAAUCACAAACACUUGACAGUCCUCUACCUUAUUCUACUGUUAUUAUUCAAAUAUCUAGUUGAGUGGGUUGGUACAUUUAACAUAUCUGUAAUCAACGGAAAAUGUUGGGAAAUAUUGAGAAGUUUAGGAAUAAUUAAUUUAGCAUUAUUUUCUUCUGAUCUCUCAGUAUUUCAAAUAGUUUUAUUUUACAAAGCAGAAUGAAAUCAUGACCUGCUUUAUGGGACAGAUAAAGGUUUUUCAUGUGUGUUAAACAUGUUUUGUUGCUCGUUUAUGUACUUCAAGAUAGAUUUUCCUUCUAUACACACUGAUUUAGGUUGAUUCAAUGUUAGAAAUUGUAUAAAUGUAUCCGGAUUAAUUUGCUACAAUAACUUUUUAAGGUCACUAUUUAUGGCAAGUAUCCACUCUGUGAUUGGUUGGUUUGUAACUAAGAAAAUAACCCUAUUGAAUUUAUUUGUUUUUCCAUGGUUUGUUGAACAAGCAGUACAGUCAUGUUACUGUAUCUUCCCCUCUGUCUUAAUCGAUAUACCAUGGGACAGCCUAGCACAUGAUGAACCAACAUCAUAGGCAUUAGAAAAAUUACCAUGCUUCUGAAAGACACUAAAAGAAGUGUUGGCAUUGCACAUUAUGAAAAGGUUUUCCGUCUCUUCUGUGAAUGGAAAUACUUUGUGUGUUGUGUGCGUGGUAUAAGGGUUGCCCUACUAUAAGCCGGUAGCCAUGUACAUUUGAUUUAUUGUAGGGUGAAGAAGUAUUGCUAUGUCUGCCAUCCAGUAGACAGUUUUAAUAUAGCUUGAUAUUGGUCUGGCUUGCUCAGUGGAAUUAUGAUUCUAUAAUUUAUCUUGUAUAAUCAAGGCAAGUAUGACUUAUUAGCUUGCCAGGUGGUCACCUCGAAGCCUGCUCUUAGAAAGAACAGAUAAUGUGUAUAUGAGAGAUAUAUCUAGAUAUCUCAUAAAAGGUAUUUCAGAAGGGAAACUGUGUACGUAUGCUGACUGUUUCUGCUGUUUACUGAGUUAUAGUGAGUUCCAAAAGUAUUGGGAAAGUGACACCUUUUGUUGUUUUGGCUCUGUACUCCAGCACUUUGAAAUGAUACAUUCACUAUGAGGUUAAAGCGCAGACUCUCAGCUUUAAUUUGAGGGUGUUUUCAUCCGUAUUGGGUAAACCGUGUAGAAAUUACAGCACUUUUUGUACAUAGUCCUCCCAUUUUAGGGGACCAAAAGUAUUGGGACAAAUUAAA